GACAAACACAUCUUUAUUCCCUUGUGGAAGAAUCUACUAAAAGCAUCCUAAAACCAAACGAAGCAGUUGGUUUGCUCUUUAUUCUUUUCAGAUCCAGUUGCUCACAGUAAAUACUGGCACUGGAAACAAACAUUCAGAAGGAAAAAUGGAUCACUGGUCUUGGUCAGAAACUAACAGCUUUCGACUUUUCACCCCUGAGUCCUUGGCAGCAAUUGAGCAAAGAAUUGCUGAGAAAAAAAAGCAGCCAGAGAAAGAAAAAGAGAAGAAUAAGGACCAAGGAGUUGAAGAAGAACAACUUACUCCCCAGCUUGAUCUGAAAAUCUUCAAAAAACUGCCAUCUCUUUAUGGGGACAUUCCACCAGAGCUCAUUGGGGAACCCCUGGAGGAUUUGGAUCCAUACUACAGUGAUCACAAGACUUUUAUAGUGCUAAAUAAAAGGAGGACUAUUUUCCGGUUAACGGCUACACCCGCCUUGUGUAUAUUUGGUCCUUUUAAUCCAGUCAGAAAAGCAGCAAUUAAAAUUCUGACCAAUUCAUAUCCUUUCAUUGGUUUCCCUUUUUAGGGUUUUCAAAUAAUCUGUACCAUUUUCUGUCAUUCUG